AUGCCUGAGUUCUUUGCAGAUCUUACAUGUGUGUGCGAUCAACUUCACUUCGAGCGAGUGUGCGCAAGCCGUUUAAUCAGCUGAGGAAGGCAAGGUGAGACGCUGACGACACCCGCGGGCAGGUGGGUUGGCCACGCAAUGAGCGGCUUACAGUAAAACAUGGCCGACUGUGAGCGAUGGAAGACGUGGAACUGCCCCGCAAGCAAGUCAAAACUGUGGCUAAUUCUCUUAAUAACAACCUUGUGCUAUUGCAACGAUGGAGUCGCGGCGGCCCCGGAGACCGGACAUUGGGUUAUCACAGUCGUCAAUACCUCAAGGCCGUUGCUACUUAAGAAGUCCAUGUACAAAGAGACCGAUAUAAAGUUCAAAAUUACGUCCUUUGGUUGUCCAGAAGAGGUACAAUUUACCAUCCAUUGGUACUUGAAGUACUACCCCUGUCACAAUGAGUUUAACAAUAUUGAAGAGAUGUACGAUAAAACGCCACUGUACCGGGGGGAGAGCUUGGACCCAAACCCCAUGGGUCAGGGGGAAUACAUUGAGCAUGUUCACCAGAAAAUAACCUGUAACAAGGAUCUGCGCUUCUUUCCCAUGCUUAAUAAAACGAACGCUUUGCCACAUCCUGUGAUGCCUGUGGAGGGAAUGGGGCAGGAUGAAAAUUAUACCAGGUGGAUAAAGGAAGAGUCACAACAGCAGUCUGUCCCACACGAUGUCAUUGCCACAACAUGGAGAGAUGGACCUUACCUUCUUGUGGUGUCGGUCAAGUCCAGCAAUCAGGAGGCCAACUGGAAUUUAACUGUCAGCGUCGUAAUGAAAGGAACUCAUGGAUACAUCUCUGUCACCGAAUGGCCACUCAUGAUUUUCUACAUGGUGAUGUGCAUAGUCUACUUCCUGUACGGCCUGCUUUGGUUCCUGUGGGCGGCCUGCUACUGGAAGGACCUGCUGAGGAUCCAGUUCUGGAUCGCUGGCGUCAUCUUCCUGGGAAUGGUGGAGAAGGCCGUCUUCUGCGCCGAGUACGAGAACACCAACGCCGUGGGCUCCGCCUCCCAAGGCCUGCUGAUCUUUGCUGAGCUCGUUUCUGCGCUGAAGAGAACUCUGGCUCGCCUGCUUGUUAUCAUCGUCAGCCUCGGCUAUGGGAUAGUCAAGCCCCGGCUCGGCACGGUCAUGCACAGGGUGGUGGGUCUCGGCGUCCUCUACUUCGCCUUCGCUGCCAUUGAGGGUGUCCUGAGGAUCACAGGGGUGAAAGACAAUGACCUGGCCCUGUUGGCUAACAUUCCUCUGGCGCUGCUCGACUCCUCUCUCUGCUGGUGGAUAUUCGUCAGUUUGGCUCAAACCAUAAAGACCCUGAAAUUAAGGAGAAACCCAGUGAAACUCUCCCUCUAUCGGCACUUCACCAACACACUCAUCUUUGCUGUCAUUGCUUCUAUAAUUUUCAUGGUAUGGACAACAAAGAAAUUCCGGCUAGCAGACUGUCAGUCUGACUGGAUGGAACUUUGGGUGGACGAUGCAUUCUGGAGGUUCCUGUUUUCCAUCAUUCUACUUGUCAUCAUGUUUCUAUGGAGACCAUCGGCAAACAACCAGAGGUAUGCAUUCACUCCAUUGAUAGAUGACUCUGACGAUGAAGAAACUGAAGAAUUCCUGGUGUCUUCAAAUUUGGCUGAAGGCAUAAAGCUGAGAGCUAAGACUGAAUCGAAUGGGACAGUGAAGCCUGCUGCCAGUCCGGAUGAAGACCUGAAGUGGGUGGAGGAAAACAUUCCGACUUCUCUGACGGACGUGGCAUUGCCCAUUCUCCUGGACUCUGAUGAGGAAAUCAUGACCACAAAAUAUGAGAUUUCAAAGAUGGAGUGAGGAACCGGAACCCGGCUUCACACUUGAGGGUGGUGGCUCUGCCUGACUAAAUCCUGCAGGACUGAGACGGAGGUCAGAGGUCAAGAGUGUCAUUAUUAGACUGGGAUCUUUGUUGGCUUGUGAAGGAGAAAACCCUGGAAAACUCACUGAAACACCAUCUCCAGUCGAGAACGUACUUGCUGUGUUUAAAUAUAACAAAUAUUCAUAAAACAACCCCUUUUCCCCACUCUACAGCCAAAGCCAGGCUGGCCACAGCUGGCCUGGCUUAAUAUGAGUGCUUUACCCUGGUGUUCCCACAGUCACAAGUAUAGCACAAAUCUGGCUAAACGCUGGUGGUAUGUCUGCAGAUCAGGCCGGAUGCCUGGACCUCUUUAUGUCACUAAAGACUGGUGGUUCUUCAGGUUGUUUGGUGGAACGGAGAGCAGAGUGCUUCUUUUUUAUUUCUUCAUGUUCAUGUGAUCAGAUCUAGCGAAGCUUUCCGGGGUCUACCUGCACCAGGCUGCAGUCGGGCCCCUGAGGUAGGCCGGCUUUCUCUCCUGAACAGGAAGGAAUUAUGCGGACCUUCCCCUGCCCUCUGUACCUCCCACUCCCCAAAUCCAUUUGGACUCUGACGCCCCAGGACACGCCCCUUUUGUCGUAUUGGUGGCUCCUGACUGUAGAUGCCCUGACGAGCACAAACUGGCAGGAGAUCAUGGAAAACCCCGGAACCUGGAAUACACCAUUCAGCUUGGCUGCAGCUGGACAGUGGAAAAUAUGUUAAAAAAUUAAUUAAUUAAAAAAAAAUGUUAAAAAUUUGUGGAUGUUUUAAGUUUCCAUGUCACUUACCUGAAGGAGAAGAAAUCUGCAGAUGGAACUUGUAAGAUGUUCCUGAAAAAGUAAAAAAAAAAAAAAAAUCAGUUUGAUUCCAGGAAGAUAAUUUAAGCUAGAUUUGUCUUUUCAUUGUUGUUUAAAAAAGAAACCAAGCACCACAGAAGAGGAAGAAGUACUUUGAUGGGCUGUAAAUGACCAAAGUUUGGUUUAUUUUUGCUUUUGUCCAUUUGUGUUUGCUGUCUCCCACUGUAGGUGAAGCUGCUCAAGGGAUGUUUGAUUUCAGUGUGAAAGUAUGUUCUUAUAUUUCUCUCUGUGUGUCCGUCUGUCUCUCCGUCCGUUUGCUUACCAGGCUGUGUGACACCGUUCAUGCCAUUCAUGUGAAACGACAAGUCAUUGCUAAGAAGUACUCACUCCUACUCAGUUGCAGUAUUGAGAAUGCAGUGAGAAUUUUGUACAGGGAUUUACGGAUUUUUAUUUUGGUUAUGAGAACUGGGUUGAGAACUGAACCUUCCUUUGUCUCUCUUGGAAUAAAAAGCAAUACAUGUCCUUAAAAGGUUUAAUGCAGUCCAUUUACCAUUUACUUCUCAAUACUGAGCUGUGUUUACCUGUACUAUUCUAUUUAAAUUAUGUUGAAGUGUACUUAACUCUCUAUGUAGCCCUCCUGUUGAGGAUGGUCUUUUUUUUUUGAGUAAAGAAUGGUUUGGUACUGUAACACCUGAUUGUUCUUUCAUAAAGCCUUAUUUAAUUCCAACAUUUUCUUAACUCAGAUUACGCAAAACUCAAAUUAGAAAUGACUGCUAGUGCUAAAUUCAGAUUUACAUAUUGAAUCAUAAUGUGAGUUAUUGUGUGUUGUCUGCUUUCUCUGGAAAAAAAGGAACAGCUCUGUGAAGAGCUUCAAAUCCACAUGUUCCAAAUUCACACAGAGUGCCCUAUUUAGUUCAAUAGCUAUUAAGUUCACUUGAAGGUGGCCACUUUUUUGUGUAGGGUGGGAUUUGGGGCAUUUAAAAAUAAUUGAACAUUUAUGAAUGAACUGCAUUGUAUAUACUAUUCAAAGCAAUAUAAUACGGGGAAACGUGCAACUGCACAUUAUUUAAAGCCAUUUAAUCCUUCCUUUUUAAAUAGUGGCAUGUGUAUAAGGCCAUGUUAAGUUGUCCUCCCACACUGAGAUUUAAAUUUAAAUCUGUCUUUUUUUCCCCCCUUCUUAAUGUUGCAUGAAUGUCUGCUGUUUGGAUUGGUCUAUUAUGUUGAUGGAGCAAACCGUUUUGAGUCAGAAGGUCCAAAUAUUGUCAUUUCCUGGUUUACUUUUCAAUGGGUAUACCAAAUUCAGUUUUUACAAAAGCCUCCAAAGCUGUUGUGAUCUGUUCUUGAUGACCCACUGACUUAAAUUGCAAUACUUGGUUGAUUUAAUUUAAUUGUAAAUAAAAAAAACCUUUAUUUUUGUUGACAGUU